AUGGCUUUCCGGCGAAACACGAGAGCUCAUAACUACGAGGAUCCGAAUCUUAGGGGUGAGAACGCAGCGGACCCAAAUGUUUCUCCGGUAGUUCCUGGAGGGGUAGUACCCCCGGUCCCUCAGGCAGCUCCUCAGGGAGUUCCCCAGGUGAAUCCCCAGGUGGCGUUGCUAGCUGAGGCAUUGCAAGUACUACUACAUAAUGCGAAUGGAGCCGGUGGAGCUCAAGUGCAGCAGCCUCGCCGGGCACAAAUUCCGCAAGAUGAGGUCCAGUUUAUCAGGGAUUUCAAAUGCUUUGGGCCACCCGUUUUCAACGGGGUGAGUGAGAGGCCUACUGCGGCCGAAGAAUGGGUCAGGGAGCUGGAAGCCCUUUAUGUGUAUUUGGGAUGCUCCGACGAUUUCAAGGUCCGGGGAGCAGUUUUUAUGCUUCGGGGAGAAGCAGUAAAUUGGUGGGAGUCAGUGGCGGCAGCGGAGGAUCACGCCAACGUACCCGUCACUUGGGCAAGAUUUAAGGACCUACUUUAUGAGUACUAUUUCCCCGUGAUUGCCAGGAAUGAAAAACGGGUAGAGUUUCUCCGUCUCACUCAAGGGAGCCUGACCGUGGCCCAAUACGAAAGGAAGUUCACUGAGCUUUCCCGUUUUGGAACGCAAUAUGUCCCUACUGAGCAGUUAAAGAUUGACAAGUUCAUUGACGGUUUGCGUAGGGAGAUCAAGGGGCUACUUGUUCUCAAGGAACCAACUACAUACGCAGCGGCAGUCAGGUGUGCGUUGGUUAUGGACAAAUGUCUUGAGGAGCCUCAGUCUCAGCAGGUAAUAGGCUCCAACUCGGGGGUUAAGAGGAAAUUUGCAUCGUUCUCCGCCAGUCAAUCCUCAAGAGGACACCAGCACCAUGCGCAAAGACAGACUGCUCCUCCGGUGUGCCCCUCUUGUAAGAAGAACCAUGCUAGGCCAUGUUGGUUGGGAAAAAAAAUAUGUUUCAAGUGCCAGAAGGAAGGACAUUUCACAAGGGAGUGUCUGAUGACCGGCUCGAAUACCCAAGCGUUAAGCCAGAAGACCCCUACGGCAACUGCAACUCAAGGUGGAACCCAGAUGGCGCGCGUCUUUGCUCUCACCAGGGGGGAUGUUGAGCAUGCCGAGGCGGUGGUCACAGGGACUAUUUUAAUGCUUAGUAUACCUGCUUACGCAUUAUUUGACUCUGGAUCUAGUCAUUCUUUCAUUGCUUCUACCUUUGUUCGACAUGCGGACUUAGAGCUAGAAUCGUUUGGCUUUUCGUUGUCGGUAUCCACACCGUCAGGAUCUGUGUUGGUUACUAGCCAAGUGGUGAAAGGAGGCCAGCUCUCUUUCGGUGGUCAGACCUUGGAGGUAAAUUUAAUUCAACUGAAUAUGCAGGAUUUCGAUGUGAUACUAGGCAUGGAUUGGUUAGCUGCUAACCGGGCUAAUAUUAAUUGCUCGAAGAAGGAAGUUAGUUUUUGCUUGCUCUCCGGACAAAACUUUACCUUUAAAGGAGUUAAGGCCGGGGUCCCAAGGGUGGUGUCAGCAUUGAAGGCCAGCUAUCUUCUUCAGCGUGGUGUCUGGGCCUAUUUGGCUAGCGUUGUGGAUGCAAGGAAGGUUGUGCCAAGCAUUGAGGGUGUUCGUGUGGUUAAUGAGUUCACUGACGUGUUCCCUGAGGAUCUUCCCGGUUUGCCUCCGUUUCGCGAAGUGGACUUUUGUAUAGAGUUGCUGCCAGGGACGGCCCCCAUCUCGGAAGCACCAUAUCGAAUGGCUCUGGCAGAGUUGAAAGAGCUAAAGUUACAGUUAGAAGAAUUACUCGACAGGGGUUUCAUCCGCCCAAGCGUGUCCCCUUGGGGUGCACCCGUGCUAUUUGUUAAGAAGAAAGACGGUUCUAUGCGACUUUGUAUAGACUAUCGGGAACUAAACAAAGUGACGAUUAAGAAUAAGUAUCCCCUACCACGCAUUGAUGAACUCUUUGAUCAGCUUCAAGGAGCGAGAGUGUUCUCGAAGAUAGACUUGCAUUCGGGGUACCACCAGUUAAGGUUAAAGGAGGCCGACAUCCCAAAGACAGCUUUCAGAACGAGGUAUGGGCAUUAUGAGUUUAUCGUGAUGCCUUUUGGACUCACUAAUGCUCUGGCAGUCUUUAUGGAUCUAAUGAAUCGGGUUUUUAGGGAUUUCUUAGAUUCAUUUGUUAUUGUGUUUAUCGAUGACAUCCUGAUUUACUCCAAGACUAAGGAAGGUCACGAGGAGCAUCUCAGGCGGGUUUUGACUACACUACGAGAAAAUAGGUUGUAUGCAAAGUUUUCAAAGUGUGAAUUUUGGCUGGACAAAGUGGCUUUCCUAGGUCACAUAGUCACCAGGGACGGCAUUGCAGUAGACCCCGCUAAGGUAGAGGCUGUUAGCAAUUGGCCAAGACCUAGUACCAUUACAGAGAUUCGUAGUUUCCUCGGCUUGGCUGGCUACUACAGGAAGUUCAUCCAGAAUUUCUCUCGUUUAGCGGCACCGUUGACGAAGUUGACUCUUAAGAAUGCUACUUUCACUUGGAGCAGCGAGUGUGAGGAGGCUUUUCAAGAACUAAAGAAGCGUUUGGUGUCUGCACUGGUGUUAACUGUCCCCGAUGGAACGGGAGGUUUGGUGGUUUACAGUGACGCCUCGCGAAAAGGCUUGGGAUGUGUUCUGAUGCAACAUGGGAAGGUCAUAGCUUAUGCUUCUCGACAGCUGAAGGUGCAUGAGCUUAACUACCCCACUCAUGACUUAGAGCUAGCAGCAGUGGUUUUCGCCUUAAAGAUAUAGAGGCACUACCUUUACGGAGAGAUAAUUCAGGUCUUCACUGAUCAUCAGAGUUUGAAGUACCUUUUCACUCAGAAGGAGCUUACCUUAAGACAGAGACGGUGGCUAGAGUUGGUGAAGGACUAUGAUUGUGAGAUUAGUUACCAUCCGGGUAAAGCGAACGUUGUGGCCGAUGCUCUUAGUAGAAAGGCGGCAAGUGUGGCAUCUUUAGUAGCGGCCUGCAGUCAAAUGCACAGCGAGUUGGAAUGCUCGGAGGUGGAGCUGACAGUGGAUGAUGUCUCAGCGUUGUUGGCCCGACUCUCAGUGGAACCUAGCCUGAGACAGAGGAUCAUUGUUGCCCAAAAGGAAGAUCCUAGUUUAGCCAAAGGCUUUAGUAUGGUGGGCCAUGGAGAUUUCACUCUUUCGGGUGAGGCAGCCUUGCUUUUUUGCGGAAGGUUGUGUGUGCCAAAAGAUUAUCCUUUGAGGAAGGACUUACUGGGAGAGGCACACAAUGCUCCAUUCUCGGUUCAUCCAGGAAGCACCAAGAUGUAUCAAGACCUGAAGAGACAUUAUUGGUGGCAUAACAUGAAGAGGGAAAUAGCUCAGUUUGUUAGCAAGUGUUUGACAUGCCAGCAGAAUGUUGUUCCAUGUAAUCUAGGAGAUGAUAGGGUGUGUGAUUGGGAUGUGCCGGGAGUAUGGAAUGAUAACGAAGAUGAAAGUGGUGAAUCAUAUGACCCGUUAGCAGAGUCUAAAGAAGGACACUCUCAAGCAGAAUAUGGGAACGAAGAGCAUGACGAUGCGCUGGAUGAUGAGCUUGAACCUGAUGUCGAACAAGUGCACACUGAGAUUCGCAGGGAUGAAGAAGCGGUCCGGCCACCGGGAUGUAAUGGUCUCACCGGAGACCCUAAUGAUGAGAAAUUGCAACUCAUAGUACAGUCUUCUGGGACAAAUGAUGUUAAUGAGGGCGAUGUAUUUGAUAAUAAAAAGGAGUUGAGUUUGAAAAUGCAUUUAGUUGCAAUGCGAAAGAAUUUUCAGUUUAAAAUACAGACUAAGCUAAGUGACAAGGAACUUAAAAAAAAACUAAACAAAACAGCAUUCUGCCUUUCAUCCCGGACCGAACCGGACCGGGACAAGUCCGAGAUGAAAGUCAGUCCCGGACCUCGAAGACUUCAAUCUUGGAUGCAAUCAGUAUUCAAUCCCGGACCACUGAGGUCCGGGAUUGAACACGAGAUAGAAUCUGAGAUUGAAGCCUUCGAGGGAUUUUUUUUCUCUUACAACGACAACGUCAAACUAAACCUAAAUCUAUAUGGUCGCUUCAGAUAG